GAUGCCUCUACUCAGCCUGAUGCCUCUACUUCAGCCUGAUGCCUCUACUCAGCCUGAUGCCUCUACUCAGCCUGAUGCCUUUACUCAGCCUGAUGCCUCCACUCAGCCUGAUGCCUCCACUCAGCCUGAUGCCUCUACCCAGCCCGAUGCCCGCUGUCUAGCCAGACGAUCCAAUGUCUGACCCAGUGCCAGCGGUCAUGCCAGUUGACUCGGAGCCCACUGUCGUGCCUGGUGACUCGGUGCCCGCCGCUCCGCCUGGGGGCCCAGACCUGUGCUCCGCCUGGGGGUCCGGUGCCCGCCGCUCUGCCUGUCCGGCGCCCGCCGCUGCCUGGGGGCCUGAGACUCCGGGGGGCCUGAGACCUGUCGCUCCGCCUGGGGGCCUGAGACCUGUCGCUCCGCCUGGGGGCCCGAGACCUGUCGCUCCGCCUGGGGGCCUGAGACCUGUCGCUCCGCCUGGGGGCCCGAGACCUGUCGCUCCGCCUGGGGGCCCGAGACCUGUCGCUCCGCCUGGGGGUCCGGCGCCCGCCGCUCCGCCUGGGGGCCCGAGACCUGUUGCUCCGCCUGGGGGUCCGGCGCCCGCCGCUCCGCCUGGGGGCCCGAUGCCU